AACCUUAAAUCUGGGCGGGUGUAUAAAUAGAGAAUGGGAGAAGGUCUGGUUUUAACCAAUCAAAACGAAACAGCCCUUGAGCCAAGCACACAGCUCCUCCUCCUCUCCUUCUUCUUCCAUACCCUGACGGAUAACCAAAACCGUUAGGGUCCCACAAAGCCCCGCCGCCUGCUCCGCCUCCGAGCUCUCUCUCUCUCUCUCUCUCUCUCUCCGGUUUCGGACUCUGUUCUGGGUUCGUGUGAUUCGCUGAGAUCCGAGAUUACUUGAAGCAACAGUCAUCUUUCUACUAGAUUCUGAAGAAAGGAGUAACUGAUACAAAAUAUUGCCUUUGUUCUCAUAAAAAACAUCCAGCCUGUGGUGUAGCUGGAACGGAAAGCAGAGGGCAUAUCAAGAUGAAGGCACUUAUUCUCGUUGGAGGUUUUGGAACACGUUUGAGGCCAUUGACACUUAGCGUCCCUAAGCCGCUUGUUGACUUUGCCAACAAGCCCAUGAUCCUGCAUCAGAUUGAGGCUCUUAAGGCAAUUGGCGUGACCGAAGUGGUUCUGGCUAUCAAUUACCAACCAGAGGUGAUGCUGAAUUUCUUGAAGGAGUUUGAGACAAAGGUUGGGAUCAAGAUCACAUGUUCACAAGAGACUGAACCCCUUGGCACUGCUGGUCCUCUGGCUCUCGCUAGGGACAAACUGAUAGACGAAUCUGGUGAACCCUUCUUUGUCCUUAACAGUGAUGUGAUCAGUGAUUACCCACUAAAAGAAAUGAUUGAAUUCCAUAAAUCCCAUGGAGGAGAGGCUUCUAUAAUGGUGACCAAGGUGGAUGAGCCAUCAAAAUAUGGAGUGGUGGUUAUGGAAGAGUCUACAGGGAAAGUGGAGAAAUUUGUGGAGAAACCAAAAUUGUUUGUUGGCAACAAAAUCAAUGCUGGAAUAUAUUUGCUGAAUCCCGAAGUUCUUGAUCGUAUUCAACUGAGACCAACCUCAAUUGAGAAAGAGGUUUUCCCAAAGAUUGCAUCAGAGAAUAAGCUCUUUGCAAUGGUCCUUCCUGGGUUUUGGAUGGACAUUGGACAGCCAAAGGAUUAUAUCACAGGCCUGAGACUCUACUUAGACUCGUUGAGGAAGAAGUCUUCAUCUAAGUUGUCCCAUGGCACCCACAUCGUGGGAAAUGUUCUGGUAGAUGAGACUGCUACAAUUGGUGAGGGGUGCCUGAUUGGACCAGAUGUUGCAAUUGGUCCCGGCUGUGUGGUUGAAUCAGGAGUUAGGCUUUCUCGCUGCACGGUAAUGCGCGGUGUUCGGAUCAAGAAGCAUGCUUGCAUUUCCAGUAGUAUCAUUGGAUGGCACUCCACUGUCGGGCAAUGGGCUCGUGUGGAGAACAUGACUAUCCUUGGUGAAGAUGUUCACGUAAGUGAUGAAAUCUACAGCAAUGGAGGUGUGGUUUUGCCUCACAAAGAAAUCAAGUCGAGCAUUUUGAAGCCGGAGAUUGUUAUGUGAGGGUGUGCUCUUGUUCUUGUUUAAGGAAUCACAGAAUGUGUCUAGAGAGGUAGUAACUUAGUUUUUUCUAAAUGCAUUUCUUCUUCUUCUUCUUUUUUCCUUCUCUUUUUUGGUUAAGUGUAAAUGUUCUGUGCUCCUUAUGAUGUUUGAAGGGUCAUUGUCUUCUUUGACUUCAUUGUUGUGCAAUAUGUAUUAGUGUAUGUAUAUAGGAAUAAAUUAUCAGGGUUUGUUUCUCUGGCUUUGUAACUUAUCAAGCUUGUUUUCUUUUAUGAAUACAUCAUUUUUGCAUUUAAAA